GCGGAGCCCUAGGGCUGGUUGGCGAAGGCGGUGUCCUGCGAGGCGCGCCUGCGCCGUGCAGCCCGGCACGUGUUCGAGCAGCAAGCUUCCGCUGGAGUUUCUUGAGGAUGCAAACCGAGAUGGAGGCGCAGAGUCCCUUGGCCGAGGCCGGCUUCACCCAGGUCACCCGAAAAGGUGGCCGGCGGGCGAAGAAACGGCAGGCUGAGCAGCUGUCCGCACCGGAGGAGGGCGGGGACGCGUCCCGCAUGGACACCGAGGAGGCCCGGCCUGCCAAGAGGCCCGUCUUCCCGCCCCUCUCCGGGGACGGGUUUCUGGGUGGGAAAGAAGAAACCAGAAAAAUUCCAGUCCCAGCUAACAGAUAUACUCCCUUAAAAGAGAACUGGAUGAAGAUAUUUACUCCUAUUGUGGAGCAUUUGGGACUUCAGAUACGCUUUAACUUGAAAUCGAGGAAUAUAGAAAUCAGGACUUGUAAAGAAACCAAAGAUGUUAGCGCUCUGACAAAAGCAGCUGAUUUUGUGAAAGCCUUUCUUCUUGGGUUUCAGGUAGAGGACGCACUUGCCCUCAUUAGGUUGGAUGACCUCUUCCUAGAGUCUUUUGAAAUUACGGAUGUUAAGCCCUUAAAGGGAGACCACCUGUCGAGGGCAAUAGGAAGAAUCGCUGGCAAAGGAGGAAAAACCAAAUUCACCAUCGAGAACGUGACACGGACGCGGAUAGUUCUGGCUGAUGUAUACAUUCAGGAUAUCAAAUGGGAAAGAACGUGACCUAUAUGUCCUGGGACCUGUAUGCCAUUCCAACCACUGCCCCAUUGCUUUGGUUGUUUUAGCAGCAAAACUACUCACACUGUAUGUAUCCUUGCUUCUGUAUCUCCUCAUCUUUCAUGCUGUACUUCACAGAAUAUUGUUUUUAUCGAAGUUGCACAUAACACAUACUUUAAAAUAAUUCCUCCUGUCUGCUUCCAUUUCCCCCUCCUCUGAGGGAGGAAAUUUCAAGUCUUCAAGUUCAGCUAGCUAACUUGUAAAAAUUAUUUUUCCUCUGUAUUUCUAAAUAUCUUUGUAUAGCAGCUUAAUUUUUCCCCCUCAGAUUCACUGUUGCUUUUCUCCUGUGAAAGUUGAAGAUUCCUCUUUUGGACUUCCCCACCUCCGCCCACAUGCUCAACCUUUCCAGCGCUCCCGUUUGCGUGCCCCUCCCUUUACACUGUGGGUUUGGUUCGACUCAAGCUCAGCAUUACCUGAGCAUGAAAUCGGUGCCCAGGAUAUUAACAGCUGAGCCAGGUGGUGCACUGUGGUUACUUUAUCUGUCCUCUGCAGCUUUGUUGUCACAGGGAGAAAUAAUUCGUACGUUUCUGUGUGCUUUCUCAGUAUUUCAGCGUACUAAUUGAAUAGAAAGCCAUACCUGGUCUGUAUCUCCGCUUGGUGGACUCAGAUGCGUCAGACAUUUUAGAAGUCUCUCCUGGAGCCUUCCGUGCCAGAAGCACUGCUACCCUCUGCCUGGCACACAGUUGCCAUCCCGGCUCCUUCUUUCACCAUUGCCCCUUCGGUGUUUGAAUCCCUCGGUUCUUGGAUUCUCUGUCCUGCGUCCUCCUUGUUUUGGUGGUGUAGGUAGUCCUGGAGCUCGCUUAGCACAGGAAGGACAUUUUGUGAGACCUGGUUGGGAAGAUGUCUUCUAUUCUGGCCGAGUAUACAAAUCUGUUGUAAAUCAUUCUCAUUCAGAAUUCCUUCCUGCAGCUUAAUCUUCUAAUCCUUCUAUUCAGUUUUCUUAACAUCCUGUGGUCCAUUCAUGAGUGCCUGAAAAUUUGCUUUUCUAAUCUCACUGGUUUGGGGGUUUAUUUUGGUUUGUUUUUCUUCUUUUCUCCCUGGAGUUUCUGUUUCUGUACUGCUUUAUUCCGCUUGCUGGUUGUGCCUUCUACUCUUUUGCACUGGGUGCUUUCCUCGGAUUCUGGUUCCUCAGUGUGGGCGUCGUAUGUUAAGGGUGGGGCCGUAAGGAGCAGACUAGAAACCUGGGCUCGGGAUGCCUGCGGGUGGGCUAGGGGUGGGGGGCUGGUGGCCUGUAGGCUUCACUUAGGAUGAUUGCCAGCCU